AAUGAAACAAAUGUAUUAGAGCAGAAGUAAUGUGAAGUCGACGAGAUUUCUUGACAGAAUGGGGGCUACAAUGGUAAAACCUUUAGUAAAGAAUGGAAAUAUUUUGGAUGCUUUGCCAUCGCAGGUAGCAACUCUACAUGUAGUUAUGUUAGGUUUGGAUUCUGCGGGUAAAACAACGGCAUUAUACAGACUUAAGUUUGAUCAGUACUUAAAUACAGUGCCAACUAUUGGAUUUAACUGCGAAAAGGUACAAUGUACCCUUGGCAAAGCAAAAGGAGUUCAUUUUUUGGUUUGGGAUGUCGGAGGACAAGAAAAAUUGAGACCACUUUGGCGAAGUUAUACACGUUGCACUGAUGGAAUUUUGUUUGUUAUUGAUUCUGUUGAUACGGAAAGAAUGGAAGAAGCUAAGAUGGAGCUAAUGCGUACCGCUAAAUGUCCUGAUAACCAGGGUGUUCCCGUGCUGAUACUAGCAAAUAAGCAAGAUCUGCCCAAUGCUUGUGGUGCAAUGGAGCUGGAAAAACUUUUAGGACUGAACGAACUUUACAACUUGGUGCCGAAUAUAUCAAUGCCUCCUGGUUCCGACUCUUCUUCUACAAUUAAUUUAAUCGGCUGUAGCGUUUCAAACCAAAGUAUUACAGAUAAAUCUUUAGAAGAGAAAAAAGAGGGUCAUUUGCAUUCUAAUAUGAUUCACAUAAAACCUGCACUUGAUAGUAAUGACCACAAUUUGACAGCAUUUAUAUAUCCGCAAUCUCACCACAAUUCUGCUGUAUUGGAUCAGAAAAACCAACAAGAUGUUAAAAAUGGUUUUCAUAACAAAAAAACUAACAGCGUUUCAUCAAAUUCUGUGCAAUUUAGGGGGUGGUAUAUACAGCCGACCUGUGCUAUUACUGGCGAGGGUCUCCAAGAAGGUUUGGACGCUCUGUAUGAUAUGAUUUUAAAACGCCGAAAAUUUAAUAAGUCACAUAAAAAAAAAUUGUAGCAUAAAUAAUUGAGCACAGUCUGACAGACUAUCAGUGUUUUUAAAUUUGUUCAUUUUAGCACAAUUAAAUAAAUAAAAAUACAAAUAA